GAGGCAGCUUGCAUCUUCACUACAUUGAAUAUGCACAAACAAGUUGUCAGUACCAGUCGUCUGGUUUAUUAGAAGCAGAGACUGUUCUUUGUUAGAAGUAAGAAGAAACCUCAUUGCUUGACUGGCUAUCUGCUAUCUCAGACAAUGAUAUCUUUGUGUUUGUGCCACCAUAGCUUCACUAAGUUAAGUGUUUCGAAAGGGAGGGGUGAGCAUGGUGCUGAGCCGUUGGUUGCAAUUCGCAACCCCACCACUAGAUGCCACUAAAAUUUACACACUGCACCUUUAAAUGCACAAGGAGGCUAAUCAAGAGAACUAGAGACAGGCAAACAGGAACAGAACAGAUUCAAACCAAAACACAAAUAAACUAACAUACCUGUGAGUUGUGACACAUAUCUUCAUGCAGACGCUCAUGUUUAUUGAAGUCUGUGCCAAAGUCAGCAAAAAAUGGGAAUAUGAAAUAGUGAUGGUCUCACAGAGAUGCAAUACCUCCCCUUUGUGGUUGAUGUGUGAAGUGGAAUUUAGUGAUUAAUUUAGUCAAACUGCAAAAGUCACGCCCCCACGGCAGACAGUGACAGGAUGUGAGCGUUCUGCUGUGGAAAAUGUGCUCUGUGGUUUCACUGGUCACUGCAGACUAGAGCACAAAACUAAUCAGAUUAUACUGUAUACCUUACAUUACCAUCCAUUAUAUAAGUAAUGUAUAUGUGAGCAUUGUAUUUAGGUGACCUGUGUUUGCAUUUACUCAUUUAAUAAUUAUUCUUCAGCAUUGUUGUUUUUUUUCUUUCUUUCAAAGACUGCAUUACAAGAAAAAAAAGAAAAAAGUGUACAUGAUCAAUGGAAACUGUAAAUUGUGUAACUGACAAUAUGACUUAUGUCAAUGAUCUGCUACUGUACCAAAAGUUAUUAAGUAUAUUCUUAUAAGCCGCCUUAUAGGCAUUGCCUGUCUCACUCAGUUCAGUUCUUCCUUUACUAGUUCAGUCUCUACAGCACGUCUACAAGCCUUCAAGAUACUGAACACGGACAGUAAGACAGUUUAUACUCCUUCACAGCCCUUAAACUGAGUUUCCUGUUAUGGCAAAUUUUCAAAUCAGGAUUCUUCAUCUGGAUCUUUUUGUCGUCAUUAUUCUCCUGACUUACACAGAUUAUUCCAAAUCCAAUCAAGAGCAAAGGAUUCAGCAGCACAUCAACAAAACAGUGUUUGUGGGGGAAACAGUUACACUUCACUGCAACAAAACCAAAUUUGAUUACGAUUUCACAUGGAAAAUGAACAACUCUGUUAUUUUUAGGCAGGUCUCUGAUUUUAACAUAACUAAAACAAACUUCAGCUCAAACAGGAUUCACAUCAACCCAGCAGUUCCAAGAGAAUUAAAAAUACAUCAAAUACAAGCGUCUGAUGCAGGAAACUACACCUGUUAUCCAGCAGAAAUAAGAUGGACAUUAACAAUAACAGAAAACAGACCAGCGUCACCCAAACAAAUGCCGCUCUACAUCAUCAUCAUCAUCUCAUGUUCUGGAGUCAUUAUGAUCUUUCUGAUAAUCACCAUCAGCUUCUGCAUUCACAGGAAAUUGAGGCAGAAGAUCAACUUUGGAUCAGAUAAGAAGGAUGUGAAGAUGAUCUCUCACUGUGACAAACACACAAUAACAGCCUGUGUCUACAGUCUUCAUACAGUUUCAUGAACAUGAUCAUUCCUUCUCAAGACACUAGUUUGAUGUGUCUGUCACUCAUCAGAUGAGCAUCUCAAUACAGGAAGAAGUUUUUAGUCAUUUUCAUGGGUUAGAACGGGACCGUCCCAAGAAUCUGUGCAGUCUCAGAGGUCUCAUGUUUUUUGUCCCCAAAAUGCUAUUUUGCUUAGUUGAAUAAAAAUAUCUAUCCAAAUAAAUGUCAUUUUCAUUUUCAGAGGGACAUGAAUUUUAAACUUUGAUAUG